ACACACACACACACACGUGUAGACCAAACCUCUCCAGAUAAGACCUACCUAGUUGAUAGUUUCAGUCGCUGUUGCUGUCAGCAUCAAGCUGUGCUGGUGUUUACUAAAACUGGAUAUUAAAGCCUAAAUUAAGUUAAGGUUUAUAUAUAACGCGUUUCUCUGAAAGACACCGGAAGCAGUCUGAUAGUCGUUGACGAGAAGCGAGAUAGGAGAACUUAUUUAGUUUAUUUAUGACUCGUUUGGUGUGAGACUGCAGGACUUUAGUUUAUUGGCAAAGAAAAUGAACCGCUGUUUGUGUCUAAUCCUCAUUAAAUCCUGUCUGGUUUUGUCGUUGGUCAUGAGAACUGUCCAGACUCAUCCAGAUGAAGGAGAGACCGUGACUGGAUCAGACAUGUCCAAAACAACAUUAGCCCCUAAAGCUAAAGCUGAACUCAUCUCCUCAACUAACCCGUCUCUGAACACUGAGCUCAUCACAACACAGAGCAAACCCCUGAUUCCUGCAUCUACUGGCGUUCCUCCUGGUAUCCCAACUGCAGGUUUUCGGUUCCAUGCGGGUAGUUUUGUUGGCGGUAUGGCGCUGGCCGUUAUCAUCACACUGGCUGUGGCUCUGGGCUACAGGUUGGCCUGUUCUCAACGGGAGGUGCGCUACAGAGCCAUUGAAGAACAUGAUGCCAUCAUUUAAAAUGGAGCCACUGAGGAAAUACAGACCAAAGCACAUGUUAGUCAUGAUCUGAAGAGAAAGUUUUCACAUUACCAUGAUUAACAUGUACUUGAAACAGUGUAUAAUUAGUUUGAUAUCUGAAACGGGUGUGAAUAUUUGAACUCAAUUGUGUUUUCAGUGAUUUUUCUUUCUAGUCUAAUCUAGUAUUUGUACCUAAAGGGAUAGUUAACUUUGAAAUUAAUUUUUGGUAUGUUUUAUCUUACCUCAAGGGCAUCCAAGAUGUAGGUGUCUUUGUUUCCACAGUAGUUUCAAUUUUGAUAUUUUUAGGUCAAACCGUUCAAACCGUCCGUCCAAGUGAUCCGAGGGCGCGGGCGCUUUGUGGCUGUGGUUACAAGAGGUAAAAACAAUAUAAAUACUGUUCGUUUUCUCACACAAACCU